AUGAGUUAUGAUGAUGAAUCUAGCAGUAUGACUAUCAAAACUGAUGAUGUGGGACCUUGGUCGUAUCUCAACCAUGAUGUGCUUUCGUUAGUUAUGAUGAAACUGGGAGUUGUUGAUUUUGUUGCAUUCAGUGGAGUUUGCAAGUCAUGGAGAUCUGUAGCACUCGGUAACUGGAGAAGAUUUAUGGUUUCCAAACCACCAAUGCUGAUGAAUAUCUCUGAUAGUGUUAAUAAGGAUUGGCAAUUCUGCCUAGAGGACCAUGAACGAAGAAAGUUCAAAACCACACUAACGCAUUCUACUGGAAUGUGCAAUUGUGGAUUUACUUGUGGUUACUUGAUCUUGUUGAGGAUUAAAACCAAUAAGGACUUCUGGCUUGUGAAUCCAAUCACUAGACAUGAACUUUUUUUCCCUCCUGCCCCUUGGGAGUUUAAUUAUGUAUUAGGCUUCACUUCCGUUCUUGUAUUUUCACCUUCAAUAUCUAAAUUGGUGUUUGUUAUCUUAGCCAAGGAGCAAAUAUGCUUUUCUAUAGCGGAUGAGGGAGCAUGGAAUUGUGUCUCCACUUUUGACUUUCAGUUUUAUAAGGAUCUACAUGUUUUUAAGGGGAAGAUAUAUACUUUAAACUAUAAGAAUUAUCAUUUAUGUGAACUCACACUCAAUCUUGAGCCCAAAGUGACGUUACUCAAAACCAAGCAUCUUGUGUUAGAUAAGGAUCUAUUUUUCCCGCAGCUUGGAAGUUGUGGUGAAAACCUUUAUAUGAUGGAUUGCUCAAUAUGUGAUGAUGUGAUCAAUGUUUAUAAACUAGACUUUGGUGAAAUGGAAUGGGUGCCUUUUCAAGAUACAGGAGAGGAACAUGGUUUCUUUGUGGGCUACGUUUUUGAUCAUAUUGAUGCUGUAAAACCAGAGUUGUGGGCUGACCCUUGGUCACACUACCCAAGAUAUGAUGUUGGUAAUGGAGGUGGACAUGGUAGAUAUUUUCCUGAAACACACGAACUCCCAAAACAUUCGUGCGGUAUUCGCUAUUCCCUUUUGCCACGCUAUCUCACCCUCACCCUGGAUCUUUUGAUUCUCUUUCAAAUCGGAGUUUAUUUGAUCGGGCGUCAGUCAGGAAUGGAUAUGACAAGGAGAGAGACUAGAAACCAUAAUGAUGAUGAUGCAUCUAACAGCAAGACUAUCAAGACUGAUGAUGUGCGAUUUUGGUCAUACCUCAAUCAUGACAUGCUUUUAUUAGUUAUGAUGAAACUGGGGGUCAUCGAUUUUGUUGCUUUUAGUGGUGUCUGCAAGUCAUGGAGAUCAGUAGCACUCAGUAACAGGAAAAGUUUUAUGGCAUCCAAACCACCAAUGCUGAUGAAUAUCUCUGAUAGUAUUAAUAAGGAUUGGCAAUGCUGCCUAGAGGACCAUGAACGAAGAAAGUUCAAAACCACACUAACGCAUUCUGCUGGAAUGUACUGUUGUGGAUUUACUUGUGGCAUUGCUUCUGUCCUUGUAUUUUCACCUUCAAUAUCUAAAUUGGUGUUUGUUAUGUUAGCCAAGAAGCAAAUAUGGUUUUCUAUAGAGGAUGAGGGAGCAUGGAAUUGUGUCUCCACUUUCGACUUCACCUUUUAUAAGGAUUUACAUGUUUCUAAGGGGAAGAUAUAUACUUUAAACUAUAAGAAUUAUCAUUUAUGUGAACUCACAUUCAAUCCUGAGCUCAGAGUGACAGUGACAAUACUGGAAACCAACAAUCUUCUGUAUGAUCGGAACAUAUUUUCCCUGCAACUUGUAUGUUGUGGUGAAAACCUUUACAUGUUUUUGAAGGAAGGAUUAUUCAAAGACGACUUCAAUGUUUAUAAACUAGACUUUGGUGAAAUGGAAUGGGUGCCUUUUCAAGAUACAGGAAACAAACAUGGUUUCUUUAUCAGCCAAGCGGGUCAUAGUGCUGCUGUGAAACCAGAGUUGUGGGCUGAGCCUUGGUCACAGUACCCGAGAAAUUAUGUUGCUAAUGAAGGUGGACAUGUCAGGGUUUUUCCUGCAAACGACGGGUGGUAUUUCCCUCAUGAAUGUUUGAAUGUCAAUCUCUUAGAUGAGUCAUCAUGA